AUGCAGCCUCCCGUCACGCCGCCGGUAGCCACCGGAGCAGCCACGCCGGCUCCGCCACGAGCCAUCUACUCCCAGCCGUCAUCAUCACCAUUAGCAAUCGCAUCGACAAAGACAGGCAGGCGGCAGCUGCUGGUGUCGUCAGCACUGCUCCUCGCGGCCAGCAGCAGUGCCAGUACCGCCGCCGGCGCGCAGGCUGCAGGAGAGGAAGGAGGUUUGGCAGGGUACAGUGGGCCGCCGCCGGUGGUGACGGAGGCGGAGCGCGCGGCCAGCGCGGCCGUGUCGCGGCGCGUCGGGGAGGCCGUGGGGCUGCUGGAGCUCGGGCGGGAGCUGCAGGCACGCGGGGAGUUCCCGGAGGCGCUGGCGUCGUUCACGCGCGUGGUGCGGGAGUACGCGGACCUGGCGCUGUCGGAGUAUGCGCGGGUGGGGCGGGCACUGAUCCACGCGGCCCUGGCGGCGGCGCUGUACGCGGACAAGCACGCGGCGCUGCUGGCGGAGAACCAGUUCGCCAUCGCGACGCUGCUGGACCCGCACUACACGGACCUCGCCUACGUCCGGGAGACCAAGCACUGGCCGCCCAGCCUCGUUGCAUCACUCCACGACUUCAUCACACUCUCCUAG